AUGCAAUACCAUGAGGCUAAUAAUUUCAUUUGGGUUGGAAUCUUCAGGAAGAUUAUAGGAGCUCGGUUCUAUUUCAAAGGGUUUGAAGCAGAGAAUGGGCCUCUUGAAUCUUUUAACACCCCUUUGUUCCGGUCAGCUCGAGAUAGCGACGGGCACGGAACCCACACUGCCUCAACAAUAGCUGGAUCCGUGGUAGCUAAUGUCAGCUUAUUUGGUAUGGCCAGAGGCACUGCAAGAGGUGGUGCACCAAGUGCCAGACUUGCCAUCUACAAGGCUUGUUGGUUUGAAAUGUGCAGCGAUGCAGACAUUCUUUCCGCCAUGGAUGAUUCAAUUAGUGAUGGUGUUGAUAUCCUUUCUCUUUCCCUUGGCCCUACUACUCCCCAGCCUGUUUACUUUCAAAAUGCAAUCUCGAUUGGAGCUUUCCAUGCAUUCCGAAGAGGGAUUCUAGUUUCUGCUUCAGCUGGAAACUCAGCUUUCCCAGGUACUGCAAUCAAUGUUGCUCCUUGGAUUCUUACUGUUGCUGCAAGCACAGUGGACAGGGAAUUCAAUUCAAACAUUUAUCUAGGAAAUUCGAAAGUUUUAAAGGGUUUCUCUCUAAACCCAAUCAAAAUGGAAACCUCUUAUGGCUUGAUAGCUGGGAGUUCUGCAGCCGCCCCUGGGGUUACAGCAAAGAAUGCUAGCUUUUGCAAGAACAAUACACUAGACCCAACCUUGGUUAAGGGGAAAAUCGUGGUGUGCACAACUGAAACCUUUCUUGAUAAUCGAGGAGAAAAAAGCAUAUUUUUAAGACAAGCUGGUGCUGUUGGAAUGAUACUUGUCGAUCCACCUGUCAAAGAUGUUGGCUUUCAGUUCGUCAUCCCAGGCACUUUAAUCAGUCAAGAAGAAGCAGAAGAACUUCAAGCAUAUAUGAUCACAGAAAAGAAUCCAGUUGGUAUAAUCUUUCCAACUACAACAGUUCUGAACACUAAACCCGCACCAGAAGUGGCAGUGUUUUCUUCCAUGGGACCAAAUGUUAUAACUCCGGAGAUUAUUAAGCCAGAUAUCACAGGACCUGGAGUGAAUAUUUUGGCAGCAUGGUCUCCAGUGGCGACUACAGCUACAGCUGAACGAUCUGUCAAUUAUAACAUAGUAUCUGGCACCUCAAUGUCUUGCCCACAUGUUUCUGCAGUUGCAGCAAUUUUGAAAUCUUAUCAACCUUCAUGGAGUCCAGCGGCCAUAAAGUCUGCAAUAAUGACAACAGCAAUGAUCCUAGACAAUGCUCAACACACCAUUGGAAGGGAUCCAAAUGGCACUCCGACUACGCCUUUCGACUAUGGGUCUGGACACAUUAACCCAACUGCAGCACUCAAUCCUGGACUUAUAUAUGAUUUUAAUUCCCAUGACAUCAUCAAUUUUCUCUGCAAUACUGGUGCAAGUCCCGCACAAUUGAAAAAUCUUACAGGGGAACUAGUAAACUGCGAGAACCCUCCUAUUGCUUCCUACGAUUUUAAUUACCCUUCAAUUGGUGUUGCCAACAUGAAUGGAAGUUUGUCAGUUUAUCGAACAGUCACUUAUUACGGUAAAGAUCCAACAAUAUAUGUUGCAUCCAUUGAUCAGCCAACAGGUGUUAAAGUUAAAGUUACACCUGCUAAUCUCAGGUUUACAAAAACUGGGGAGAAGAUGUCUUUCAGCGUUGCUUUCAUCCCCUUCAAAAACAGCAAUGGGAGCUUUGUGUUUGGGGCCUUGACAUGGAGCAAUGGUAUCCAUAGGGUCAGGAGUCCUAUUGGUCUCAACGUGGUUUCUGUUUAG